AUGUUUCUAAUUAAAGCCUAUUUAGAUGUGAAAGUUUCUAGGGAUCUCUUCCUGUACAAUCCUCUUCUGUGUGCAGUUAAGGCUAAAGCACGUAAAUGUGUAGAGGAACUUCGUAAAGCUGGUGGAGUAAUCGAUAUUCCACAAUUCAAACUUGGUAAACGACUUUAUAUGGGAGUGGAUCUUUGUCUUGCAGCCGCUCAUGGAGAUGUCGAGCAACUGAGGUGUUGGGAGGCCGCGGGAAGUGAGCUUAUUGAGGCAGAUUAUGACGGAAGGACGGCUUUGCAUGUGGCAGUCAAUCAUCAUCAAAUAGAUGCAGUCAGGUAUCUAAUGCAACAAGGUCUUGAUCCUUUUGUUGUUGACGAUUUUGGCACUACACCAAUGAGCGAGGCAAAACGGAAGAAUUUCAAGGACAUCAUAAAUGUGAUCAAUGAAGAGCUUGCAAAACGUAAAGCCAGCAAAGAAAACGACAGUGACAGUAAAGAAAAGAGCAGUGCAGAGCCCAGUCAGGAGCAGGAUAGUGCAGAGGGAACGUCCACACAGUGA